AUGGCCGACAAAGAUCAACGAAUAAGAGUUAUUGUUAGAAAACGUCCACUGAAUUCCAAGGAAACAAAGAGAAAUGACCCUGAUAUCCUAUCUCUAAAAUCUUCCAACACUAUUGUAGUGAGAGAACAAAAAAGCAAAGUUGAUCUUUCUAAAUAUAUUGAAGAACACUCAUUUACUUUUGAUGGUGUGUUUAAUGAAGAUACCACAAAUCAAGGCUUAUAUAGCUCCUGCAUCCAGCCACUGGUCCAAGCUGCAUUCCAAGGCGCAAAAGUGACUUGCUUUGCCUACGGACAAACAGGAAGUGGGAAAACCUACACAAUGAUGGGAGAAGGAGAAAUCCCUGGGCUCUAUCUCUUAGCAGCCCAAGAUGUUUUCUAUUUGAAAAACACCUAUUAUCCUAGAGUUGCCCUUUAUGCUUCAUUUUAUGAAAUAUAUUGUGGUAAAUUACAUGAUUUACUUAACGAUAGAAAUAUUUUGCAUGCUAGAGAAGACGCUAAACAGAACGUCAAUAUUGUAGGACUUCAAAGAAAAGCUGUAAAUAAUGUCAAUACACUUAUGGAAAUCAUUAAUCAAGGUAUACAUGCGAGAACUACUGGGCAGACAGGCGCGAAUGAUGAUUCCUCAAGAUCUCAUGCAGUUUUAGAAAUCAGCUUUAUGGAGCAGAAAAUGGCUAACUCUCCCCCUUAAUUAAGACAAAAAUUUUUUCAAUAAAAAAUUUUUAUCAGUAAAAAUACUAAUUUUAUGAAAUUAGCUUUGACCAAAUUAAUGGAAAAAAUAUAAGUAGAAUAUUAUUUAAACAGUUUUCACAUUGAAUUGAUUAAUAUUUUAAUUAAUUUUCCAUAAAAAAAUGGAUUAAAAUUAAAAGUAUUGUGCUCAAUUUUAUAUUUUUAAUUUUUUUAUAUAAAAAAUUUAAAGGUGAAAAUAUUAAUUUUUAUAAAAAUUAGUUUUGACAUAAUUUAUUGGAAAAAAAUGCAAGUAGAUUAUUAUUUAAACAGUUUUCACACUAAAUCGAUUAAUUUUUUAAAUUAAUUCUUCACAAAAAUAAAUUAAAAUUCGAAUUAUUGUAAUCAAUUUAUAAAUGUUUUUAUUCCAAUUUAAAGGGGGAGUAAGGGGAAGAUGAGCUUUAUUGAUUUAGCAGGAAGUGAAAGAGGGGCCGACGUUAGCCAAUCAGACUAUAAAACUCGUAUGGACAGCGCAGAAAUCAAUAAAUCAUUGCUAGCUCUAAAAGAAUGUAUCAGAGCUUUAGAUCAGGAUAAAAAGCAUACUCCAUUCAGAGGAAGCAAGCUAACACAAGUUCUUAAAGAUUCAUUUGUAGGAAACUGCAGAACUGUAAUGAUCGCAAAUGUUUCGCCUUGUCUUUCAAGCUGUGAGCAUACCUUAAAUACUUUAAGAUAUAGUGACAGAGUUAAAGAGCUUAAAAAAUCUGAUGGAACUAGUCCGCCUCACAGUGUUCCUAAUCCUCUUAUGCUUCCUCGCCAGGACUCAAACACAAUCCGCUACAACUGUGAAAACAAUGACCCCCAGCUUGAUUUAUCAUUAGAAAAACCUAAACGCGCGAUUACACCAAAAACCAGGACUCCCCAUCAGACCAAAAAUUUUAAAUCAAAAACUCCUCGAGACCUACACAAAAAAAGUAUAGAUAUCAGCAAAAUCACUAUAGAGCAUGAAGACUUGAUUAAAGUCAUUUUGACUGAAGAAGACGAACUGAUAGGGAAACACAGAAAAAUGAUUGAUGGGAUUGUUGAUAUCAUUAAAGAUGAAAUGGCGCUGCUAAGCGAUAUUGAUAGGCCUGGGAGCAAUGUCAAUGCUUAUGUGGAUGAAUUGGAAAAGAUGCUGGAUGCGAAAGAAAAAUUAAUCCGGGAAGUAAAAGGGAAAUUGUCGAGCUUUAGAAAGCACUUGUGUGAAGAAGAAGUUAUGAGUAAUGAGUUUUAUCGGCUCCAAAAGAUGACUGCUGAAAGUUUUGAUGAAGAUUUAUUGAAAGGAAUAUCUGUGGAGUGUUAA